UAUCAGGACGAGGAGUUAAAUUUCUUCAAGUUCGCGUCUCUUGUGCUGAACGAAUUUCCAAAAGCAUUACGGCAGAAAUUUAAAACCAUGUGGGACGACACCUAUGGACAUCGCCCUGGUUUCAAACUCUGGGAUGAUUCCUCUGCUGUGAGAAAUUUGUUUGCUUCUUUGGAGGGAGACAAGAACAAAGUUCCUAUUCACACUUCUUACAAUGAAUGGGACUGCACUGCUCUUUUUCAAGCAACCAUUUACGCGCAGUCGUUCCCUUGCGGCCACUCUUUCACUCUUAGUGAUUUGUACCUGAAGCCUUUGGCACUACCUUAUGAUUCUUUCCAUGCUUCAGUCACGAGCCCGUGUGGUAACGAAGAAGAAACUCUUGCACUUGCGAUUGACCAGCUGCGACUUUUAAGAAAUUCGCUUUGUCACUCAGUUAGAUCUUUGAUGGACAAGAGAACGUUUGAUGAGAGAAUGAAACAAGCUAAAGACGCGUUCACAGCCCUCGGAGUCGCCACAGACCUCCUCGAUGCCGUUGCCAGUUUGGAUGAGUCACAUUUUCCGACCAAUGAA